AUGCAGGUCGCCACCUCGGUUGCGCUAACUGCGGCUACCAUUGCUCUGGCCUCACCCUUCGGUGGUGGCGGCGGUGGCGGCGGUGGCUGGAAAAUGAUGGGAGGAGGCGGCGGCCCCAAGGGCAGCAUGGGCUCGCCCAUGAAGAACAAGUUCCGCACCGGAAGUGUGUACCUCAUCAAGGAGCUCCACCCGAUCGGCGGCCCAGGCAAAGGAGGAAUGAUGAUGAUGGGAGGCGGCGGCUGGAAGCCCAUGAUGGGCGGCGGCGGCGGUGGUGGCGGCUGGAAACCCAUGGGUGGCGGAUGGAAGAUGGGAGGCGGAGGCCACGGAGGAUGGAUGGGAGGCGGCGGAGGCGGCGGAGGUGGUGGUAUCCCUAGCUGGAUGCGAAUGGCAACUGUCGUGCUCAACCACGGUGGAGGCAGCGGCGGCGGAGGAUGGAAGAUGGGUGGAGGCAGCGGUGGAGGUGGAUGGAAGAUGGGCGGUGGCAGCGGCGGUGGCGGAUGGAAGAUGGGAGGCGGCGGCGGCAGUGGCGGAUGGAAGAUGGGAGGCGGUGGCGGCAGUGGCGGAUGGAAGAUGGGAGGAGGCGGCGGCGGCGGCGGCGGCGGCGGCAAGGCCGGCACCACGUACAUCAUCAUCAAGAAGGGCAGCGGCAGCAGUGGCGGCGGCGGCGGCGGCGGCGGCGGCAAGUCUGGUGGCAUGGGCGGCCACCUCAGCAGCCUAACUAGUCUCUUUAGCGGUCACGGCGGCGGAGGCGGAGGUGGUGGCCAUGGCGGCAGCGGAGGAGGCGGCGGCGGCAGCGGCUGGUGGAUGUGA